UGUUAACUCAGUUGGGUGGCGGGCCGCUGAGAUUAAACUCACGGUGUAAGGUAGGUUCCGAGUGACCUUAUAGUGUCAGUUACUUCCAUAUCGAUAUUCAAGUUAGUAACCCACUUUCAUCGUCAUGCAUCGGGCGCUUAUGUCCCUUUCUAUCGGUGAUCCUGACAAACCGUCUUUCUCCCCCUUCGUUCCACCACCCAUUCAGCGUCUCUCACUUCCUCCUACUACUACUAAAUCUACCUCUCCUUCAUCAUCAUCAAAUCCUGUCACAAGUCCAAAGAACAAGCAGCCCAUCCCAGGUCCAUCUACUUCUAAUCCGUCUGCCAUCUUCCCUUACCUGCAUCGCCUUGAAAUUCGCGACGACAUGGCUUCUCGGCGCCAACAGAGACCUCUUCUCGUACUCAAGUUGUCCUCUCCUUCUUUCCUAGAUUCAGUUGCUACAGACCUCGUAGCAGAAACUCCUCUAUAUUCAGUCGAAACAGUCGGCUCAUCUACUACUAUAUGGCGUUCAGAUCCUUGGGAUGCUUCUGUGAAAAUUGCAGAUAUUUGUUGGCCAAAGGAUCUUCCUCUCAAGGGCAAGGGAAGGGAUACCCACGGUGCAAUUAUACAGAUGGGUGAACCUCGCUGGAAAGACACUGACAGCUACCUCAAGUAUGGUAGCCUUGGAAACUCCCGCAAAUUCACAUUACCAAACCAUCCCCAUGUGCUAAAGUGGAAGCGAUCUGGUCGCACUUAUCAGUGCACAACUUCAUCAUACAAGCGACCCAUCGCAUCACUCGAUACACUACAAGACGACGAAAACAAUCCACGACUUAAAGUUUUCGAGAACCUUGGUCCUGUCCAUCAAUCAGUCCCUCAAGUAGAACACGCUGGAAUAUCCCUUUCCCUACUAGAUAACCUCUUCGUCACCGCUCUACUACUCGUUACAGAGCCCGACGAUUGGAUGACUCUAAGGCACAACCCAAAUUCACACAAUACCCCAGCAACAGAUUGUAUAUCCCUUCCUAAAUCCACAUCCGCUCCUGCAUCUGCACGCCAGUGGCGUAAAAUCAUGUACGGUGAACCUCUAUAUCCCUCCCUCAAGACCCCCGCAGUCGACACUCGCUGCAAUGAAGAUGCAGAUGUACUUGAUAUCUCCGGCGCAGCGCCCCCUCCCACAUCCAUAAAUCAAUGGCGCAAAAUUGUAUAUGGUGAACCGUUAUACCCAUCAUUACGACCUCACAGUGCAGACGGUCUCGACUUACAUGCACGCCCGGGUACUGCAUGGGACUCUGCGAGCAUCUCCUCCGAGUCUGUGUGCUGUCCCGCAACCCCUUGUUCAGCACCAUCAACUGGCUAUUAUACAUCCACAUUCUUCGACGACUCAGAAAGAACCGUCCCAAGGAUUAAUACCAACAGCCGUUAUUCAGCUCCCCUCAGCCUGUCCCCUGGAGCAAUAUCACCCGUCCCAACAUCUGAUUACAUCCCACUAUCAUCACAGCCUUCCCCUUCGCCACGUGCGGGUACACGGCGAGAACUUCCUGCGCCGCCGUCUUCAUGGCAUCCCCCUCCUGGAUCACAGCCAUGGCUUCACCGAUCGAGAUCGUCACCCCGAUUAUCAUCCAUCCCAACUACAACAAGCAGGCGUUCUCGGUUAGUCACAGAAGAUGGAGUGCUGGUCCCGCCAACACUGCUAGACAGUGAUAUGGAUAGUGUGGGCGAUACACCCCCGUCUCGCAGCCGUGCUCUUUCUUCGGGAUCUGUCGUGCGCCGUCGAUUACCUACCGUCCCCUCAAACUCCGUAUCCCCUACUAGCUCACCUCCUACUCGGCCUAAACGGCUUCCCACGUUAGCACGUACCCUUCCCCCAACGCCUGCCUCCAUACCCCGCUGUCCCUCCACGGGACAUCGCUAUACUUGCUCGUCCAACGUCGUCUCAACGCCGAUAUCGAGAACGAUGCCUACGCGGCCAUCAACUGCACAGCAGCCGCGGGGUAGGAACCGUCCAGAGAAGGAUCCUGAUGAGGUGCUAGGGUGGGUACGUAACGUCACCCGAGCGCACCAUCACCGACGGGCUGUCGAGGAGCACGGGGACCUCGAAGAAGCUCCUCCGGCAUACAACGCCAUUGACUUCUCAACGCCCCCACACUCCCGCGCACCACCCAAUCCCAGUUAAACCCCCGUCAUUCAUUUUUCCUGUUUAUGGAUAUAUCAUACGUGACGCCAAUAAUGAUAGAAAUCUUUCGCGACGAAAUUUUGAUCAGUCCCUUCUGGAAAAUAUCUUUGCAUUUAAUUCCGAGUUUGUUAUAUUUUCUGUUCUUCUUUCAAUUGUUGUUUUGACGCACAUCUUUGUUCUUUAAUUCCGCUAGCUGAGCAGCCACUCCUUCUCCAACUGACCAUGUACCUGAUAUCCUCAAUUGAUUGAUUGAUCGUGCCAUAACGUACCACCACGCGCUGAUAUCGACCUUUACCCCACUCUUACAUACAUAUAUUCCGACCCAUAUACAUAGGAUGCUUGUUUUAUGGACCUGAUGCCAUCAAAAAGAUGUUGUAUUGCUCAUUACAAGUACACGUUCUGAAUGUCAUGUUUUUGCUGCUGGGAA